UCGUUUGCUUGAGUUAUUGAUACAUUGUAGCCGUCCCUGUGAACUUUAAAAAAACAAUGUUACAUUCAUAUUUGAAUUCUAAUAUCAUUGCAAUCCACAACAUUGAUCGCUGAAAAGAAAAAGCAAUGAAACGAAGGCUUUUAAAAAAAAACUUUUACUUUGACCGUGUUACAGGAAAUGACUGCUCGGGUAAAGACGCGCGGGUUUCAUUAGGUUGUAAUGCGGAAUUCAGUGAAAAGAGCUAAAACAAGCUUGCUUCUCGGAAAACGACUGGGCGACAAAGCGGGGUUUUUCGGGCACUCCUUGAACUGCGGGCGCUACCAUCUCCAAUGUUCGGUGUCUUUUUAGGUAGAAGAUCAUUUGAGCGAUACAUUGAACAGUUAAAAAUGGUUUACUAGUCGGCAAGCCGGAAAGAGCAAGUUUGUUGUCAGGAAAUCGAGCGAGUGUGGAUAUUGUUUGGAUUUGACCACAUGUACAGGUAGACUUCGUCAUCUUUUAGCACGUUUGGAAUUGGAAUAAAUAAUAAUAAUAAUCAGAACACCUUAUUGUGGUGUUUUAUGCAUAAGACGAAGACUAACUACGAUACCCUCAGCAUAUGGCAGAAUGAACUGGCUGCCUCGUUGUCUAAAUGUGAUGUUCCUGCUUCACUCUGUGCUUGGUGCACUCCCUGUGCCAUCUAAUCUGUCCGUUGAGUCGGUGAACUUCCAUCACAUCCUGCAUUGGGAUCCUGGGCCUGCCACCCCACCAGGAGUACAGUACAAGGUCUUUUCCAGGUUAAGCGGGAAAAGGGAGAAAGAAACACAGAGUGUCUACACAACUGCAACAUCUUUACAGCUGAAGUUGGACAAAUAUAAGUAUUAUUUGACUGUGCAAGCAUUCUACAACGGAACCUCGUCUCCAGAGUCUGAAGACAUCUCCUUCACUCCGUUAGAACAAACUAUAAUAGGUCCUCCAAAAGUAAUCCUGACUGAAUACGACAACAGCAUUCAAAUCAACAUAUCACUGCCUGAGGCUGACAAAAGCUCAGGAAUACCAAACAAUGACAUCCUGGCCUUCUACAAAGGGAAGUUCAGAAUCUUGUGGAAGAAAUCUAACAAUAUUGAGGAGGUCCACACAACUGAAGACAGAAGUGUUACUUUUGACAACUUGGAGAAGGACAAACGAUACUGUGUACAGAUUCAAAUUGAGAUUAUCAUGAAUGAAAAUACUCUGCCAUCAACCUGGGUAUGCACCUUAACAAGAAAUCCUGAUCCUCUCAGAGUACCUGUUUUUCUCGGCACAACUGUUGGUCUUCUGAUUUUUUGCAUUGGUGCCCUGAUGGCAUUGACAUAUUGUCUCUACGACAUUGGAGUCCUUUGUAAACUUCAAGAAACUCUCCCAAGGGCGCUAACUAUGGCCCUCAACCAUGCUAAAUUUCUGCCAGUAGAGGAAACUAGCCCUGAUCUGAUCUCAAAUUGCUCUGUUAUACACAAACAAAAGUACACCACAGCAUUAUAUCCUGCCCACAGGACCACAUACUCAGGGAGUGUGGAAGAAAAGGUGGAUGAGGAAGAGGAAGAAAAUAAGGAAAGUAAUAUCUACAUGAACAGAGAUUCUGGAAAUUCCUCAGGGGAAAGUACCUGUCGUUAUUCUUGCGACGUAUUCAGGAGCUUUUCGUCUGUGAGGUCACACACUGAAGCAGAUACAUCGAAUUUAUCAUCUGAUAAAUCGGGAGUGGAUCAACUGGAGACGAGGGUUGAAAAUGAAGACACUCGUAUGUGUCGGCGGCCAGAAACGGAAGUCGAGGAGCAACUCAUAUUUCAAUUGGAAGGGGAAAUGAACGAGAACACUGUCAACAUGUCUGAAAGUGUCAACCUGUUGUCGGUGACUCUGACUGCUAUCGUCAACUGCGAGAAAGAGGAACUAAAUACUGAAGAUUCACUUGUUGAUUCUUUGGGGCUGUCUGUUAAGGAACCUUUAACAGCCACGAAGCAAAAUUUGUGCCACACAGACGUGCAAACUGACUUAGGUGACUUGACAUCAAUGAAGUGUACACACUUUGAUGAGACUUGCUAUGAGUACAGGUGUGAGGAUGUUGAGACGCAAGAGGAGUUGGAAGAAGAGCAAUUCUUAGGAUAUAUAGGACGGUGAUAUACUACUGCAACAGUGUUACAUAUAUUGCUGUAAAUUCGAAAUGUUUUUUAUUUGGUGCUUGCAAAAGAACAGGCUCUAUAAAUAGAGCCAAAAUUCCCGUCACCAAUUUCCAUCUCAGCUUGAGCCCUUUCCCUUCUCAAUAUAUGCAACACCCAUUUAUCCUUGCUUUGUGUCCAACAUCUUGUACAACCCGUAGUACAGGUUCUGUUUGGCCCUUGCCACCUCCCGCUUCGCCUCCCGUGCCCGCUACUUGUAAAACCUUUUUUUUUUUUUUUUUUUUUGUACAAUUUCCUGUUUUCCUGUAAGAUAUUUUCCAGUUCCCUGCAGCUGCAUUUCUAGUAGAAAGGCAGCACCACUGGCCUGUAACGGUUGUACCGUGUCACAGAGAACCUGGGGAGCCUGGCCAUGUAAGCACUUCCAAUUAAGACUGGAGUUUGGAAAUGCAGUGUAGUUGUUUCAGGACAUGACAAUGGUAUGAUCUUGUGGGCCUUUCCCCCCAAUAUUUUUAAUGUACAAUUGUAAAGUCUCUCCAAAGGUUUGGUCACAUCUUCACUUGCCUGUGACCAUGAGGGGGCACAAUAAACGAGUGAAAAAAUCA